UCAAAAACACAUUGAAGACAGCGAUGACAAACUGGGAGACAAGAAGCGCAGUAUAAUAGAGCGAGUGUUUGUCUGUCGGCUGUGUUCCUGUGUUUCCGUUUGUGCGGCGCGCGAAAUGGCCAAAGUCACCAAAAUCCUGCUUUUCUUCUUCAACCUCGUUCUGUGGCUGUGCGCUUGGGUCAUCACAGGCAUCGGCAUAUGGCUCAUCGUGGACCCCAAGUCGUACGAGCCCAGCCGCUACAUCGACACCUACAACAUCGUCACCGCCGCCUACAUCAUGAUCGUGGUGGGGGGAGUCAUCAUGUUCGCCGGGCUCCUCGGCUGCGCCGCCGCCUUCACCGAGCACUCAGUCCUUCUCACUCUCCUCUACAAUUUCGCGUUCAGAGAACUCAUCGCAGAACUACAACAAUACCCGUACGACGACAGAGCCCGAGGUUUCAUCGACUUCUUUCAAGUGAAGUUGAGAUGUUGUGGUGUCGUCUCUCUCAACGACUAUCAGAGGGUUGUGCUCUGGCGUUACGCGAGUUUCUCGAGUUGAGAAGUGGUAUAAUUGGUUUGUUGUGUUUAAUCGCGGCGUUAAUCCAAUUAAUCUUAAUUGCAUUGACUUUAAUGCUGUUUUGCGCAAAGAAAAGAAACUUUAUUCGUUAGAAACCUUU